UAGCAAGUCCAGAAAUGGAGUUUUAUUGAAAGGGACUGUAACUGACACUGGAGGGAAAGUGGCAGCGACUUACACAAAUCAAAAAGGCACAAGGGGGCGGAACUUCGAAUGGGCGUGGCUAAAUCCUAGUGCGGUUGCAUCGCAGCGCAUACACAAUGGCUGCUCGAAAGAGGGGAAAGCAAACAAUUUUCAGGCCCGCCGCGUCUAGCAAAAAAUAUGAGAAAAAAAUUAUUAAAAAUUCGGAAAAUAGUUGAAAGUGAAGAAAAACUCAACAGAAAGGAUGUUAAAGCGUCCGGGGCCUCUGAGUCCGGGCGGUGUUGAGCACAUAAAACUGGAUAGAAUAAUUGCAUCAGUACUAGUUGGGCUCUGCGCCCCUGUCCAUGUAGCUGGUCUGCCUUAGGGUGCCAUGGCCACAGGAACCCAGGGCCACCGUGACCACAUCUUGGAGAAAGCCAAGCUCACGCCACCCACGGGGAGGCGCAGGAGAGCCGAGGGGAAGCCCAAGAAGAACUUCCCCUGCCAGGAGUGUCAGAAAGCUUUCAACAGUCUGGAGAAGUUGAAGGUGCACUCGUACUCUCACACAGGAGAAAGACCAUACCGCUGCUCCCACCCCGACUGCACCAAGGCGUUCGUCUCCAAAUACAAGCUGCUACGGCAUAUGGCAACUCACUCACCGGAAAAAAACCACAAGUGUUCAUACUGUGAGAAAAUGUUCCACCGCAAGGAUCACUUAAAGAACCACCUGCACACUCACGACCCGUACAAGGAGGCCUUCACCUGUCAGGAGUGCGGCAAGAGCUACAACACCAAGCUGGGCUUCAAACGCCACCUCGCCCUCCACGCCGCCAACAGCGGAGACCUCACCUGCCAGGUUUGCCUGCAGCCGUUCCCCAGCACUGGGGUUCUUCUCGAGCACCUCAAAACGCACGCCGGCAAGUCCUCAGGCGGGACCAAAGAGAAGAAGCAUCGCUGCGAGCACUGCGAGCGCCGAUUUUACACCCGGAAGGACGUGCGACGCCACAUGGUGGUGCACACUGGACGCAAGGACUUCCUGUGUCAGUACUGUGCCCAGCGCUUCGGCAGGAAGGACCACCUGACACGUCACAUGAAGAAGAGCCACCCCCAGGAGCUGCUGAGGGUAAAAACUGAGCCAGCUGAUUCGCUGGAGCCCAUUGUCUACGACCUGGCGUCCGGGGGCAUCAAGGGCGAGCUCCCGGGGAUGCUGACGCCGAGACCGCACCAGCUCAACAUGUACACAGGCCCCGUCCUGGACACAGAGCCCUUCCCCCCCCACACACACCCCUUCUCUCUGAAGUACCCACUGGGCUCCAACUUUACCUCAUACAGCGCCUCCUCUGCGGAGCGGGAGCACCACCUAAAGGGAGAACUGGAGACCUACCUGAUGGAGCUGCAGAGCAGCAUGCCCUCCUCCUCCUCUGCUGCCCCAGAACCACAGCUCUCCUCCUCCAAACUGGAGCUGGAGCCUCAGGUGGGGGGGCUGGAGGGGGCGAGCGAGGACGUGUCCCUGUCCAAAAUGUCCACAGCGGCGGCGGCAGCCGCUGCGGGCGACUCUCUGGCCUCGUCCUCCUCUCUGAUGGACUUCUCACAGCUUUUCAACUUCCUUCCGCUCAACGGGCCCCCAUACAACCAGGCGGGGGGCAGCGGGGGGCAGGGUGUCGCCUACCCACCCGCCGAAGAGCCCGCACCUCUCGUCCAGCUGCCCCCCCAGUCCUCUGAGGGCCCGGAGGCUGCAGAGAGUCCACUACAGGGGCUCCCCUUCAUAUCCAACCUGAGCACCCCCACCACACUGCCCCGCUUCCACCAAGCCUUUCAGUGAUCCAGUAUGUACUGCCCCCCGCACACUGCACUCUAACACACACACACACACACACACUUCUUUUCAUGAAGUUGAUAAAUCAGAGAUUCAGAGAGAAAAUUGUCUCCUGUUGAUCAGCUGAUCUGACAUCAGAGGAAGUGAUGAGGCUUCAGUUCACACACACAUCUGUAACAGCAGGAAGCACACACACAGUGCUUUGACCUUCUUUAGAGUCGCUGACCUCGUGACCUUGUGACCCUAGAUGCAGAUUUUGAGAUGUAUAUUGUUUUUAGCACUUUGACCUCAGUGAUGUUUCACACGUCACUUUGUUUAUGUCUUUGUAGGUUGAUUUUAAAGGACCAGUCCACAG